CCGUCAAACUCUCCUACGUCAUGUCAAAAUACUACGAGUCCCAAAACCGUAAUUCACAAGCAUGCAGUUUCGCAGGCAACGGAACCGUCAACUCUCAUGCGUCCACCUCCGCCUCAGCCGCGAGCGUCGCGUCUUCGUGUAUAGCCAGCCCCAGCGCGACGUUUGCGCCGACUGCGCCUGCUAGUUCAUCUGGAAGUAGCUCGACUGCGACCACGACGAGUGGGGGUGGGAAGAAGAAUGGUGCGAGCACGUUGGUUGGGGGUGGAUUUGUAGGGAUGGUGGUGAUGGGUGUUGUGGUCGUGGUUAGUGGGAUCUGGACGGUGGUGUAA